UCCAAAAAGCUGCCUUACAACUUUCAAACACAUGGCUAUUCACUUGCCUAAGAUUCUUAGCUCAAAACAGAUGGUUAGGCGAAUUCUUUCAUCUCCAGAGACCAACAAAGUACCAAAAGGUCAUUUUGCGGUUUAUGUUGGAGAGACUCAGAAGAAAAGAUUUGUUGUGCCAAUCUCAUUCCUGAAGCAUCCUUCAUUUCAAAGCUUGCUCAAUCAGGCAGAAGAAGAGUUCGGAUUCAAUCAUCCAAUGGGCGGUGUCACCAUCCCGUGCAGUGAAGAAGUAUUCAUUCGCCUAACUUGUAAUUGCUAGGAUCAAUAAUGGCUAGUACAGGACUAUACAUUAGUACUGUAACCACUGCUUACAGUGCUAAACGAUUUUGUAA